AUGGCUGAACAAGACAAGUAUGCCUCCCAUUGGGGGUCCAAGCCCAACAAUCCAACCACCGAAUCAAUUCCAAUCCCCGUACCUCGAGGCUCGGGCGCUGAGCAGGACCGUUUCGGCUCUCACUGGGGAUCCAACGCCAGCAAUCCCACCAGCCGAGAGAUCCCCGUCCCUGUUCCUACAGCUUCAGGAGCAGAGCAAGACCGCUGGGCUACCCACCUCAGCCGCCAGGCCCAGCGCAGCAGCGCGGCUGAAGGCGUCUCUUUCCGUGUGCCAACAGCAUCUGGAGCAGAGCAGGACCGAUACGCAGCUCAUCUGAGCCGCUCCGCUGCUCGCAAUCCAGAGGCUGAGGGCAUCAAUGUCCCAGUCUGGAGUGCCUCUGGUGCCGAGCAAGAUCGAUAUGCAUCGCACUGGAGCCGAGCCGAAGCCAAUAACCCUACCACCGACCGAAUUGGGAUCCCUGUCCGAGGUCCCAGCAGCGGAUACUCCGAGCAGGAAGUCUAUGCUGGCCACUUCACGACUGACAGGUACAACAUACCGCGUGAUGCAACAGCGGUCGGCAUCCUGAAGAACACGCUGCUGCCCUCUCUCGGCCUCCACUCUAGUCUCGGUGUUGCUGCCUAUGCUGCCUCUCGGGUUGCUAACCGUGUUGACGGAAAAGAUUGGCUUUGGCCCGUUAGCCCGGUGGUCAACGCCUGGUGGAGUGCUGUUGGUAUCCGCGUUGUCUAUGACGGCGUGUCUAUUGGAUCUGCCCUGUCGUCUCUGGUCUACCCAGAUAAAGUACUCCUAGGCGGUAUCACAGCCUGGGGCGCGCGUCUCUUCUACCAGGUUGCGUCUCGAAGCUCCAAGUCCAACUCUGAUGAUGGUCGAUAUCUUGCGGAGAAGCAGGAUCCUGGCUUUUGGAACAAGGCUUUCUUCAAGUACUUUUUGCCGGAGGCAAUCGUCCAGGCUGUCAUUUCCCUGCCUUUCACACUGUCUCUCCGCAACCCAUAUGCUAGUGCUCGCUCGUCUCUGUCAGCACCCAUCGAAUGGGCUCACGAUCUUGCCGUCUUCGUCUUCAGUGCUGGUUUCGCUCUUGAGGUGCUUGCGGAUUAUCAACUCAACAAGCACAAGAAGGCUGGUAAUGUCACUCUGAACCGUGAGGGUGUUUGGAGCAUCGUGCGCCAUCCCAACUACCUUGGCGACGCUCUUGUUCAUUUCUCGUUCCCUCUCUUCCUCUGGGGAUCUGGCAAACUCCACCCAAUCACUCUUCUCGCACCGGCCGCCAACUAUGCAUUCCUGAGAUACAUCGGUGGGGAUGCGCAAACCGAGGCCUACCAGGAGGCGCAGUAUGCUAAGACCAGCUCGCCCAAGGCCAACGAGUUUGCCGAGUACAAGGCGACCAAGAACAGUUUCUGGCCCAAGACGCAGGAAGCCGCCAAUCCAUGGACUUUAGCAGUGGUUGGAGCCGGUGCCGUCGGCCUCGCUGCUGAAAGGACUCUGCGCCACUUUGCGCUCCAGCCCUAA